AUGACUGAGCAGAACCCUCAAGCUGUGGAUAACGUGCAGAUGGAAAAGCAGCAGGGGGAUGACGGGCAGCUUCCAGCGGGCGCGGCAGUUUCGCCGCACGAGAAUCCCGCUGAGCACACGGAGGUGGAAAAGGUACCCGGAUUCCUUUCACUUCAGAACAUGAAGGUUUUUCAAAUUUGCCUUAUUGGAGGUAUGCUGAAUGGUUACACCAUAGGUCUUGUCCCCAUCUACGCCUUUCUCUACCUGACCUCAACAGACUGUUCCCUGUACAAGAGCGAGGAUGCCUGCAUCACUGUUUUGAACGCCGAGUGUCAGUGGGAUGUGAAGGCGAGCCAGUGUGGGUGGAGAUAUUUUACUUGCGGUAAGGCCUACCCGACAGACCCGUUAAAUCCCGCAGUCGCAGAAGCUGCUUGUAAGGCCGAUUCACGGUGCAGCUGGGUUUACGCUGAUAAGGAAUGCAACAACCUCAGAGGGUAUACCCCUACAGAGAAUGGCAUCUUUGCCUCAGCGAUGAUCCUGGGCGCAAUGUUGGGCUCCAUGUACUGUGGAAAGUUUGUUGUUGUGGCUGGUCACAACAUGACUUUUACUGUGGGCGGCUUAAUCGCCGUGGUUUCGUCGGUUAUGUACCAUGUAUCCGUGCAUUGUAAUGAGUUCUGGGUGCUGUGUGUCGGACGCUUGCUGAUUGGACUUACUAUUAGCACCGUUUACGUGGCUGGCGUGAUGUACCUGGACCAGAAUGCAAUUCGCAAACACUAUCACAAGCUUGGGGUUUCCCUGGGUUUGUUUACCACGUUCGGUAUCCUACUUGCUGCGGUGAUGGGACUGGCAGUGGGCCGCAGCAUAGAUUACAAAAAAGAUGCGAAUCUUGGCGGACGCAUGCAUGCGAUUUGUGCGGUUUCCACGCUUCUUUCAACGUGCAUGACGGUCUCUGGCAUUUUUCUUCCGGUAAGCAAGGUGCAGUUCAAAGAGUUUAUUAAGAUUAAGGCGAAAAUCCUGAAUGCGGACGAGUACAGUUUGCUCCAGAUGUCAGGCAGGUUGGCACUCGGUCUGGUGAUUGCAGGGUCGGCACAGCUGACUGGCAUCAACGCUGUCAUGAACUACGCACCAACUAUCAUGAGUCGCUUCGGUGUGGAGUCGCUGCUCGGUAACUUUUUGGUGAUGCUGUGGAACUUUUUGAGCUCCUUCGCCCCCAUCUUGCUCUCAAAUUGGUUUACAGUGCGACAAAUGUUUCUCUUCGGCUCCUUCGCCUCAUCCAUCUCGUGCUUGUUGUUGUGCGGCGUUCCCGUGUACCCCGGCGUUGCGGCCUCCACUGUGAGGAAUGGUGUUGCCAUCACCGGAAUUGUCAUUUUUGUUCUCUCGUUUGAAAUUGGCCUUGCUGGGUGUUUUGGCGUGCUAACACAGGACAUAUUCCCGCCUUCGUUCCGCCCCAAAGGUGCCUCCUUCGUCAUGCUGGUGCAGUUUCUGUUCAACCUCAUUAUAAACCUCUGUUUCCCUAUUGCGGUGGAAAGGGUUUCGGGGGGCCCUUCCGCCAACCAGGACAAGGGACAAGCAGUUGCCUUCAUCUUCUUCGGCUGCGUCGGCCUCCUCUGCUCCAUCAUCGAGCUCUUCUUCCUUCACCGAUGGGAGGACAUCCACCCCGAAGGCAGCAGGGCGAAAAAGGCAAACCCGGAAAUGCAGCAGACACUCGAGUCGGCGCCAGAACCGCAAAACAACGUCACUGCAUAA